CAACCCCUAUCAAAAUUCACUGAAAUGCAAUGCUCUUGGGCAUUUGUCUUGGGCAUCGUCUGUCUCCGCCUUGGAGCUGGAUAUGGCCGACAGCCGCAGGUUCAGGCUGCAAUGGGUGACUUGAGUCACAUUUGCGUCGCUCGCUCGGAUGGCGAACUGGUGGCCCACCCGCUUGACUGCAAUGGAUACUUUGCCUGCGGCCGCAUCCCGACGCUGCUCUACUGCGACCAGGGCCUGCACUUCGACGAGACUCGUGGCGUGUGCGAUCUGCCGGAGAAUGCCAACUGUAGGCAGAGUGAGCUGCUGCCGGUGUCCAGAUCCACACCAAGUCCGGCCAGCGACUUUGUGCCAGAAGCCUCCGAAAUCAUUUGGUGGCCCCAGAGGCCGCGGCCCAGCUUCGUGGCAGUAGACGUAUCCACUGGACAGCCCGUCAAUCCCAUGGAGAAGUACGAUCCCUUGCACAUCGAGUGCCGCCACUUUGGCGCCUACUUUCUGCCCCAUCCAAGCAACUGUCGUCUGUACUUCAUCUGUGCCUACGGGCACCUGCACCGUCAUCAGUGCGGUCGUGGCACCUUCUGGAACUACGAGAAGACCGAGUGCCAGCUGAGCAGUGACGCCGUCUGCUACGGCCAGUUGCGACCCGAUCGCCAGGACGCCCUUGUGGGCACAGACGACACCGAUGGGAUGACUACUAUCAGCAGCGGUGGUGAGGUGACAGUGUGCUACAUUGUGGGCACCAGCACGCUCCUCUCAGAGCCACCACCAGCCACCACGGACGCAACUGUGCCGCUCCUAGCGCCAGUACUGUCCACGCCACGUGCCGAAACCAGUGUCCCACUCACUUGUCCCUCGGAGAAGCAGAGCUACAUGUCCCAUCCCGAGGACUGCAGCAAGUAUUACAUCUGCAUUGUGGGCUCGCCGGUGCUGACGUCCUGUCCCAAGGGUCUCUACUGGGACCAACUGUCGGGAUACUGCGACCUGGCCAAGAAUGUGAAAUGCUUCCAAGUUUGAUCAAUAAACUCGAGCCCCUCUAGUGCUUGACAUUGCACUUGCUA